AUGGAUGAUGAACUUAAUAUAACAUAUAUAACUCUUGAUGGGCAUGUUGAAGUGCACAAAUACAGAUAUCUCUAUUUUGUGAUCAUGUUAACAGUGUAUAUUUUAAUAAUCUGCUGUAAUUUCACCAUUGUGUGUCUUAUUUGGAUUCACAAUAACCUCCAUGAACCUAUGUACAUUUUCAUUGCAGCUUUGUUAAUCAACUCUGUUCUUUUCAGCACUAAUAUCUACCCAAAGUUGUUAAUUGACUUUAUGUCUGAAAAACAGAUCAUAUCAUAUUCAACCUGCCUCUUUCAAUUUUUUUUGUUUUACUCAUUAGGAAGUUCUGAAUUCUUACUCUUGGCAGUCAUGGCCUAUGACAGGUAUGUGUCGAUAUGUAAACCUCUACAAUAUCCAACUAUCAUGACAAAAACCACUGUCAGUAUUUUUCUGUGUUUAGCUUGGCUGGUACCUGCUUGUCACAUUGCAGUUCUAGUAAUAAUGAUGAUACUGAGUGCUGAUAUGAAACUUUGUAAUUUAACCUUAAAUGGAAUAAUUUGUAACAACUCAAUUUACAAUCUCCACUGUGUGAAUUCAAGAGUACGAUCUAUAUUUGGCGUUAUUCUUCUGAUAAUCACUGCACUUUUCCCUUUUCUCUUCAUAGUUUUUACAUAUGCCAGGAUACUUGUAGUCUCUUAUCGAAGUUGUAGAAAUGUCAGGAAAAAAGCUGCACAGACCUGUUUACCUCACCUGUUGGUUUUAAUCAGCUUCUCCUGCUUGUGUGCAUAUGAUGUCACUAUAGUUCGACUGGGAUCAGAAUUUCCAAAAACUGCACGUUUAAUAAUGACUUUACAAGUGAUUUUGUAUCAUCCUCUCUUUAAUCCAAUUAUAUAUGGACUAAAAAUGAAAGAAAUAUCUAAACACCUGAAGAAGCUGUUCUGUCAAACUAAAGCAAUGUGA